CGCUCACGCCCCCGCACUGGUGCCGCCCGCCGCGCCCUCCUGCGCCUCAACCUCUCGGAGCUGGAGCUGAAGGCGCUGACCAUCCCGCGGCACCACAACGGCAGGGACUUCCUCUCCUGCAGCAGAUACGACGUCAAUUUCACGCAGGUGGUGGAGAGCAACCUCAGCUGGCCCGACCCGACGUGGCCGGUCACCAGCUGCACGGACGGAUGGACCUACAACUUCUCUCUGUACUACCCUACUAUAACUUCAGAGCUGGACUGGGUGUGCGACGAGGACUGGCGACCGGCGCUGGCGCAGUCGCUCUUCUUCGUGGGGUCCAUGCUGGGGUCGCCGAGCCUGGGCUGGGCGGCCGACGCGUGGGGCAGACUCCCCAUCAUCGUGUUCUCCAAUCUGCUGGGCGCCGUGGCUGGCAUCGCUUCCGCCUUCAGCUCCUCCUUCGUCAUGUUCGCCGCCCUGAGAUUCAUCGUCGGAUUAACGUACGAGCAGCAUUACAUCAUCGCCUACAUCCUGCUGCUGGAGUACGUGGGCAGCGGCUACAGGACGGUGAUGGCCAACGCCCCUGUGAUGACGUUCCUCACCCUGGGCCUCUGCACCAUGCCCUGGAUGGCCUGGGGCCUCGCCCACUGGGCCUCCUUCGCGCUCCUCAUCCACGGCCUCCAGUUCGUCACCAUCUUGUGCAUCUGCGUGAUCCCUGAGUCCGCCCGCUGGCUGCUGGGGAAGGGGCGCGUGGACCAGGCCGUGGCCAUCAUCACGAGGGCAGCCAGGGUCAACCGGAAGGCCCUCUCGCCGGAAGCCCUGCAGGAGUUCAAGGACUACGCGGAGUCCAUGGCACGCGAGGCCGACCAGCCGAGGGUCACCACACUGAGCCUCCUGAAGACUCCUGUGCUGCGGCGUCGGUUCAUCCUCGUGUGCCUGAUGUGGAUGGUGAUGACCGUGGCCUACGACGGCCACACGCGCAACAGCGAGAACAUCGGCUACGACGCCUUCCUCAGCUUCACCAUCGCCGGCGCCGUCGAGUUUCCCGCCGACGUCCUCACGAUGGUGACGACGGAGUGGCUGGGGCGCCGACACACCACCGUCGGGUCGCUCGUCCUCAGCGGCCUCGUCGCCCUCAGCGUCGCCCUCGUCCCUGAAGACAACACCGUAGUCAUUAUGGGACUGGCUUUCACUGGCCGGUUCCUCAUCACGAUGACCAUGAACGUGGGGCAUCAGUACCCGGUGGAGAUCCUGCCCACGGUGGCUCGCGGGCAGGGGAUGGGCACCAUGCAGACCCUGGGGUUCCUCUCCGCCUUUGCCUCUCCCUACAUCGUCUAUCUGUCGAAGUACGGCUCCUUCUUGCCCUACGUGAUUCUCGGCGCCAUCACGGUCCUCGGCGGGAUCGCCUGCCUCUUCCUGCCGGAGACGCUGCACGAGAAGCUGCCGGACACGCUCGAGGACGGCGAGAACUUCUUCAGCGGCCAGACUCUGUGCUACAACCCGUGCGCCGCCAGAUCCAAGGCGAGGGACCCUGAAGCUAAAGAGAUGAAGGCGACAGGACAAGACAAUAUGGCUUUUGAGAUUAACAACGUGUAA